GGAAACAGGAGGAUUAAACAGCCUCUCAAUUUAAAGAGACAAGGGGGAGGGGAGUGUGGGCUGCAGAGUUUAUAAAUAGACAUUGCUCCAGACUGCCUGAUGAUGAAGUGGUUGUUUGGUAAAUUUUUCUUUUUUAAGGAUACCAUUAUCAGAGACCAUUUCAGAUACCAGUUUCGUUUAGUGUUCUGAGUGGAUUCAUCAGAUCUUGGGUUAUUAUUUCUGCCAGUUUUAGGGGCAGGCUUUUAAUAUUUUGAGUCACAUCUCCAUGGAUCACAGAGAUGAUGAUGAUGAUGAUGUAUCUUUUGCCAAAUGGAUGAGCAGCUUUUGGGGUCACAGCUGGAGAGACAAGGAUGAGCGAGGACUCCGGGACCACCACCGACCACAUGAAGCCAGCUACAGGAAGGCUUCCCUGCCAUGCCCAUUUCCUGCAUUUUCCAGCAUUACAUCAGCUGACUGCCACCCUAGACGACAUUCUCAUGAGGACCAGGGAUCCCGAAGCCAUCUUCCCAUGCAGUAUCACAGAAAAUUCUCCAUGGAUGGGUCACUGAAGGAGCCAAUGGGAUCACAAAGAGGAGCUCAUUCCAGAAUGCAGGAGUUUUCAGAGUCCCUUGAGCAGCACCUGUGCCUUCGAACCAAGCACGCUCCUUCUUCGGGACCCAAGGGCAGGAAGGAGAAAGAUGAAAGGCGUUGCCUAGGAACUGACGUGAGCUCCCACAAGACACUGGAGGACAGAGAGAACUCAACAAAGGAAGCGCGUGGAGAUGCACUCAUGGCUCCCCUGGUUGAAAAGGGGCCUGAAUAAUGCUGUUUCCACAUCUCAGUGGCUGACAUCACUGGCUGUUCUGAGACCCAGUUCUUCCUCCAGAAUGGCAGCUGGAAGGGGAGUCUACAGAUGUUGAGACUAAAGUGGGCAGUUGGAACCGCUGCUUCUCAAGAUGACCUGUGCCACCCUCCAGAGGACUCUGGCAUUUUACUUGUGUGUGCAAUCUGCUUUUUAUGUCUUUCUAUGGUAAGAAAAAAUGUAUUUGAAUAAAAUAAAAGCAUUUCUGAAAUUGUAAAA